AUGGGAAAAUCACUUACGCUACUUCCACUCCGAUCCGAUCUCGGUAGCUUCUCUUUCGUUGUAGGAACACAAAAUGAAAUGGAUUUGGACUUGGGUAUACAAGCUCCAUUGCCUUCGACGACACCAUCGUCGUUGCGUAAGCUGGACGUACUCGGCAGCACCAACGAUUCGGCUUCCGACGGUGUACUUCUCAUGUUCGGUGCUGAGAAGCCCCAACGAAAUCGGUUCUGA